AUGUCGACGACAUAUCAAUUGACCGACUCCUAUUUUGACCAACGUAAGUCCAACUCUGGUCGCAGAUCUCCAGUCAUCAGUCUAACUGUCAUAUAGUAUCAUGGAGUUAAGAAGGAUUGGAACGGCUGCGUUUCGGUCGAGUACAAGAGAUUUGCCAUUCCUCCAACUAUUACAGCCCAACAAACAAACUGUAAUCAGAACCCCCAUAGCUCAUCGCGCACUUUCUACAACCUCACGGACAUAUGCAUCAGAUCCCGAACCUACCAUUCGAGCAUCAUUCACUCCAGACUUCUCCUCAAGCUCAUCUUCACCCUCAAACGGAGAAACCCCCAAUGCCCCCCCAGCAUCCCCGCCUAGCCCAAAAGAAGAUACUCUCGAAUCCCUCACCCAAUCUAUCAGCGAAGCCCUUCCAUGGAUAACACCAAAGCCCCAAGCCGAACCCUCACAUCUCAAUCGCCCAAUCGCUCAAGGGGAAAAUCAGUCUACUUUUCCCCGAACCUCUCAAUCCCCCCCACUAAAAUCCUCCAACCUUCUUAACCGCAUAAGCAACCCGCAUAUGGCCAAUCCGUCCAGCAACUUCGCACGGUCCCCCUCGAUGGACUCACCAUUUGGGCGCAUGCAAGUCCCCAUUAAGAAAACUGGAGCGACAUCAAGUCUCUAUGAUUUCAUGAAUGUAACCGCCUCAAUGGUAGCUCCACCUCUAGUUCCCCGAAAAGAAAUGCGAUUGUCGCCUCGAACGGGUCGAACCAUCGAUAUCAAAUCCAACAUCGAUUUAUCACGGGGAAUUCGAAUGUUGGAAGCUUCAUGUGCACUGAAUAAAGUGCGCCACGAUCACACGCAUCAGAGAUUCCAUGAGAGGGGUGGUAUGAAAAGGAAGAGACUUCAUCGACAACGAUGGAGAAAUAACUUUAUGGAGGGAUUCAAGGGAAUUAUAGGAAGAGUAAAACAAUUAAAAAAUCAAGGAUGGUAGGAACUUGUAGGAACUUGUAGGUACGCUUGAGAAAGGAUAUGUGACAUAUACAUAAACUUCAGUCUUAGAGGACAUAAGGAGUCCCACAUAUCGCAGAGUCUAGGAAAAGCUACAUAGUUUAUUAUGUACAUUAUUGUAGAGAAUAACAGAGAAGUAUAGAAUUUCUCUACAUACGAACCACAAAUAACCAUCAUAUAUCCAGAAUGCACAAAUUGGUACACCUAUCUACUUAGGUAUUGAAAGCAAUAUUAAAUCCACAAUAUAUCAACCCCAUA